GUGGCAACAUUUUCGGCCGCCAUUUCAGUUUGAAUUUACCGAAAUUUCUGGCGUCAUUGUCAUUCAUUCGGUACGAGAUCAUGAACACUCCAAAUGCCGUCACGAUGAAGGCCCAAAUCGUGGAGAUGACGGGCGAGCAUGUGGAGGAGCUGCACGCGAUGUGGUCGAUGCUGUUCGAGCCCAAGACCUGCGACGAGUUCCUCCACAAGCUCAAGGACCAUACGCACAGUUUCUUCACGGACCUUCUAAACGAAUCCCGCGAGAAGCAGCAGGGAAUCCUUGGGGAAAUAUCAGCUCUGCGGGCGGAAGCCUCCGACCUAACGCGCCUGCUGCACGAGCCCGUGGACAUUGGCCCCCGACCAGACGACAUGCCGCUGGUCGUCUGGCAGCUGAAACUGGACAAGAGCAUCGAGCAUCUGCGCGAGGAGCUGGCCCGGCGCCAGGCGGAAAUAUGCGAGCUCCUGCUGCAGCAGGAGCAGCUCUGCGAGGAGCUGGGCGAACUGCCACAGCCCCUGCUCGCUGAUCCACUGCCCCUGCCGGAGCAAAUGGACGCCUUCCGGGAUCGCCUCGAGCAGCUGCGCGAUCAGCGAGCGCUGCGCCUCAAGGAGAUGGACCAGCUGCGCCAGAGCAUCAAGCACGACAUGAAGCUGCUGGGCUGCCUGCCCCAGACCGACUCCGAGGAGCGUCUGCUCAACCAGGUGGAGCAAUGCCUCACGCCGGAGGCCUUCGAGCGGCUGCGCCACAUGCAAAAGUCCUUCGCCGACCAGGUGAAGGAGCUGCGCGAGCGCAUCGACGAUAUGCGCAGCAAGAUCUCCGUGCUGUGGGAGCGGCUCCAGGAGACGGAUGAGUACGCCAUGCGGCGCGUGCGCGAAUCAACGUCCUACAACCAGCGCACCUACGAUGUGCUGCGCGAGGAACUACAGCGCUGCCAAGCGCUGCGACGACAGAACCUGAAGACCUUCAUCGAGCAGCUGCGCCUCGAGAUCAAGGAGUGGUGGGAUCUCACGCUGAAGAGCCCGCAGGAGCGCAAGCGUUUCUCCAACUACUACAACGACUGGUACAACGAGGACCUAAUGGAGCUGCAUGAACUGGAGCUGGACGAUCUGAAGACAUUCUACAACAAGAACAAGGACAUUUUCGAGCUGUACAAGAGUCGCGCCGAGCUGUGGGCGCGCAUGGAGGCCCUGGAGGCCAAGGCCAGCGAGCCCAAUCGCUUCAACAACCGCGGUGGCCAGCUGCUUAAGGAGGAGCGUGAGCGCAAGGCCAUCACGUCCAAGUUGCCCAAGAUCGAGCAGCAGAUCACGGAACUGGUGCACGCCUACGAGGAGCGGGAGAACACCGCCUUUCUGGUGCACGGCGAGAACAUUCUGGAGCUGAUGGCCGCCGACUGGGAGCGCCAACGUCUGGCCAAGCAGCAAAACUCGGCUCGUAAGAAGGCGCCGCCGUCGUCGGCCAGCAAGAUAAUGCCACCACCCGCUCCGGGAUCCACGGCUCCUCGCACGCCGCGCACACUGCGCAACAUGUCCACAUUCUCCAGCUCCACCAUGUCGCUGCGGAAGACGCCCUCGCAGCAGCACCUGCGCCCACUGAACGUGACCAAGAGCACGGGCAACCUGCACAAGCGCCUGAAUCCGUCCACCAACCUCCAGACAGGCGGCCCCAAGACGCCGAACGCCAAGCGCAGCUUGAUGAACACCCUAAACUCCAUGACGAAGGCAUCGCCGGCAGCCCUGCGCCAGCAGCAAAGCCAUCAGCCGCAGAAGGCCACCAAGUCGCCGCUGAAGCGAGUGCGAGUGCUGGACAACACACUGCGGCGCAGCGGCGGCAUGGGCAGGCGCAGCAUUGGUACGCGCUCCAGCAAGAAGCCGCGCACCAAGUCCACGGACCAGGACCCGUCGCCCAUUGACACGGACGACUACACGACCACGGAUGAGAAUAGCGAGCACGAGCACGAGCAUGAGCACGGCGGAGUAAGCUAUGAGGAGUUCCGUCCAACCAAUCGCUCCUCAAUGUUGCCGCGCCAGCGCCACAAUUUGUUGACCAUUCCACGGACGCGCCAUCGCCUCCAGCGUGCAGCCAUGGGGCAGGAGGAGCAGCUGCUCCCGGAGGUCAACCCCAAUCUGCCGGUUCCACGGGAGAGCCUGAUGGUAAUCCAGCCGCGAAGACAUUUCUAGUUUCUAGUUACACUGGAGAUAAACUGAAAUUAACACGUACCUACUAAUACUACCCUUCACAGUUGGCGUUUCUUAUUUGUAUUUCUUUUUGUUUUGUGUUUUACUUUUCAUGAAUAAAAAUUAAGUGUAGGAACCACUAAAA